AUGCGGAUCCAGAUCAAACGCAGCCUAGCGAGGAUGUCAAAGACCUACAACCCGUACAGCUCAUCCUUUAGAGUCCACCAUGGGCAAGAGGCGGCAGCGCAGCCGCCGAAGCCCUUCCGUCUUCCGGACAAGUUCUGGGAACCGACCCCUCUGCAGGUGCAAUUGGCCAACGAGCGGAUCACCUUUCGCGACUUGGACAUCAUCCAGCACUUCCUGGCAGACAAUGGGUAUAUCUUGCCCCGACGGACCACCAUGCUUUCGCGGCGAAAGCAGCAGGAGUUGGUCAAAGCGGUGAUCACGGCUCAACACAUGGCUUUGCUGCCCUUCCGCACCAAGCCACGAGACUACCAGGUGAUGCCCUUGAUGGAUCCCUUGCAGUGGAUGGCCGAUCGGCUCUUUGAUCGAGUCCGUGAGGAUAAGGACCGGCGAAGCCGGGCCAUGCUACAAGUGAUGAUGGAACGGUAUCCCGAGCUGAACUACCGGAAUUUCCUGAAGCAUGAGGUGAUGCUUAAAGGCUCAGAGACACGAACAGACAUCCACUUGUCGGACUGCCACUGGAAGGGCAAGGGACAAAUCCUUACCAUGGGGGGACCAGAGAUGUCAGAACGAUGGGAGCCCUGCCAGGAGCUGCGUCCCGAGCUCUCCAAAUCCACACGACGGAAGGAGAAGCUGCCCACGAUUCGUGAAGAUGAAUGCGAAGAUUUGGAGCUGGAAGCCUGCAAGGUGCAAGAAAAGCUGAGUCAGACCUUUGGAGAUCUCUCAGGAGAACCAUCCCAAGCGCUGGCGAAGGACAUUGUGACGUUUCUACAGGGCGCAAAGCAGAUGGAGCGCACGCAAGCCUUGCAGUUUCUGGCACCCAAACUUUCCCAACUGGCACAAAGCGAUUCCGGCGCGCAGAUUGCCCGGUGUGCCAUCGAUGUCGCUACCAGCCGCGACAGAGCCAUAGUCCUCUCUGCGUUCAAAGGCUCCGUGAGGGAGCUUUGCAAGUCAGAAUCAGGCCAUGAGAUCCUGGUUCUAUUGAUUGACUGCAUUCCGGUGUUCUCGCUGAAUUUCAUGCUCUGCGAGAUCAUCGGCCACUGCGAGGACUUGGCCCUGCACAGAUACGGCUCCAAUGUGAUCGAGUCCAUCCUCUUGCACUUUCACCCCAUGCAGCUGCCCGAGUUCUCCAUGAAGCUUCUAGAGGCCUCUCGACGAUUGGCUCGGUCCCCUUGGGGUAGCCGUGUGCUGCAAACACUCAGCGAGUAUAGUGGUACCAGCUGCCGGGAACUCCUGAUCCGCCAGUUGACGCCCGAGGCCGCACAACUUGCGAUGCAUCGAACAGCUUCUCAAGUCAUUCGAAAAUUGCUUGAACUUGGCGAUGAGACUGGACAGCAGCUAUUGGCCGCCGCAGUGCUAGAGGCAGUCAGAAGCAACUCAGUUCAGGUGGUAAACAUUGCCUGCAGCCGCUGUGGAAGCGUGGUGCUGCAGCAAAUCUCCUCCUUGCGAUGUAACGAGGUCCAAGAGCUUCAGUCACGCCUAAUCGAGGCCUCGCCGGUCUUAGAGAAGUCGAGAUACGGACGCCGCCUGGUGCGAUGA